AUGGAAAAUAUCAAUCCUGAUACUGAUGAAAAUACACCAGAAACUGACGAUAUUUCAAUAUCAGCGUCGCCAAAAUUAACUAAAAUAUCGAGAUCAAUUCAAUUUUCUUCUCUAUUCGCAAUAUUUACAAGUAUUUCCAUAAUUAUCAGUACACUCGUUGUUUAUUAUAAUGCACCAAAACCAGAAGUUGCAUUAUGUCAAAUGAAUUUUAAAAGAUUAACUGAACCAAUAAUUGAGUAUAAUUAUGGCCCACGAGGAGUUGCAUUAGCUGAUUUUGAUGGUGAUAAAUUGAUUGAUAUGGUUGUUGUUAAUCGUCUUGUUGAUAAUAUUGCGAUUUAUAAAGGAGAUGGAACUGGUUAUUUUACAAAACAAAUUCAAUAUUCAACUGAUAUUCAUUCAAAACCUUAUAUGGUUGCAAUAGGUGAUUUUAACAAGGAUCUACAUAUAGAUAUUGCAGUAGCAAAUUUUGCUGGUAAUAAUGUUGGUAUUUUUCUUAAUUUGGGAAAUGGAUUAUUUGCUAAUCAAUUAAAAUAUUCAAUUGGUUCAUCUCAUCCAAUUUUUCUUGUUAUAGAAGAUUUAAAUAAUGAUACAUAUCUUGAUAUAAUUACUGCUAAUUAUGGUACUCAUAGUAUUGGCAUUUUAUAUGGAUAUGGAGAUAAAGAAUUUAUGAAUCCUCUCAUAUAUUCGACUGGUUAUGAUUCUUAUCCAUCAUCGUUAGUUGUGGGUGAUAUUGAUAAUGAUAUGCAUUUAGAUAUUAUCGUUGCUAAUUAUGGAACAGAUACUAUUGGUAUUUUUUUUGGAAUGAAUAAGAAAUUUUCAGAUCAAAUGAUUAUAUCAAUGGGUCAUGGUUCUCAUCCACUUUCGAUCGCUGCUGCUGAUUUUAAUAAUGAUCAGUUUCUUGAUAUAGCUGUUGCGAAUUCUGGAACGAAUACAAUUAUUAUUUUAUUAAAUAAUGGAAAUAAAACUUUCAACAUAUCAACAGCAUAUAAAUUUGAUAAUAAUAGUUCUCCGUAUUGUAUUGGUACUAAUCAUGUAAAUCAAGAUAAUUUGUUUGAUUUAAUUAUUACUAAUAAAGGUAUUAAUAAUAUAGUUGUUUUAUUAGGCAAAAACGAUGGUACUUUUAUAUUGUCAAGAACGUAUUCAACUGGUUCAACUUCUUCAAUUUCAUUUGCUAUGAGUGAUAUUAAUAAAGAUAAUCGAAUUGACAUUGUUACGGUAAAUAAUGAUACUGGUUCUUUAGACAUUAUGAUCGGUAAAUUCGAAGGAUUUUAUAUGUCAACAUCGUAUUCGAUCGAUUUAAAUCUAACGGAUGCAAUUACUUGUGACUUGAACAACGAUAAUCAUUUGGACAUGAUCAUGAGUGAUUAUGAUAGUGAUAAAAUCAGUAUUUAUCUUAGAGAUGAAUAUGGUUUUAUUGUUUCUAAAUUAUCAUAUGUUGUUGGCGGUUACUCAUCUAAAUUGGCUGUUGCAGAUUUGAAUAAUGAUCAUUUUAUGGAUGUUGUGGUACUUUCACUUCUCUGGCCGGAAAGUUAUGUCAGCACUCUUCUUGGAUUAGGAAAUGGAUCUUUGAGUUUUGUAUCAAUAUAUAAAGUUGGUAAUGAUUCAACUAAUUUAGUCGUUAUUGACAUUAAUAACGACAAUUAUUCAGAUAUAGUUGUUCUCAAUUCUGGUAGUCAGGAUAUGAGUAUUUUACUAGGAUAUGGUAAUGGAUCCGUAGCAAAUCAGUUAUUUUACAAACCUCUUCCAGGUACGCAAGCAAUGGCAAUUGCUGACCUGAAUAAAGAUUCAAUAUUAGAUAUCGUAGUUUCAGUGAAUUACCAAAGUAUAAGAAUUCUUCUUGGACUUGGAAAUUGUUCAUUCUUAGAUACAGCAGCGUUUGAGGCUGGCGUUCAUCCAUUUUAUAUAGGAAUUGAUGAUUUAAAUAAUGACACAAUACUGGAUAUAAUAGUUAUUAACUUGAGUACUAAUGACAUGACAGUUUUACUAGGAAUUGGAAAUGGAUCUUUUACAAAUCGGGCAACAUAUGCAUUCGGUUCUACUCCAGGGAAAGCAAUCAUUGCCGAUGUUAAUAAUGAUAAUAUAUUAGACAUCGUAGUUAUGAGUAGUAGUAGCUCUGGCAUAAGCAUAUUUUUUGGAUAUGGUGAUGGCAGAUUCGCAGAUCAAUUUAUACAGAAUAUCAAUUCUCAUCCAAUUUAUAUAACUUUGAAUGAUUAUAAUAACGAUUCAAAUCUAGAUUUAAUUGUUAUUGGAGCGGCUGAUAUGAACAGUCGUAUAGACGUAUUGCUUCAAUAUAAUCGAGGAUAUCUUUUCAAUAAAAUGACUUAUGUUUCUGCAGAUGCUGCUCGUCUUCGAUACAUUGAUACACACGAUGUGAAUAAUGACACGCAUCUCGAUAUUAUUGCUGCUAAUUAUGGUUCAAAUAAUAUUGGUCUCUUAUUUGGACACGGAAAUGGUACAUUUAAUAAACAAACGAUAAUUGAUACCGGUUUAAAUUCUCAUCCAUCAUCUGUUACUAUUAAUGAUUAUGAUGGUGAUAAACAAUUGGAUAUCGCUGUGUUCAAUUAUGAUAACAUUAUGAUCGGUAAAUUCGAAGGAUUUUAUAUGUCAACAUCGUAUUCGAUCGAUUUCAAUCCAGCGUAUGCAAUUACUUGUGACUUGAACAACGAUAAUCAUUUGGACAUGAUCAUGAAUGAUUUUAAUAAUGAUAAAAUUAGUAUUUAUCUUAGAGAUGAAUAUGGUUUUAUUUUUUCUAAAUUAUCAUAUAUUGUUGGCCGUUACUCAUCUGAAUUAGCUGUUGCAGAUUUGAAUAAUGAUCAUUUUAUGGAUGUUGUUGUACUUAACGGACAGGAUAACUAUGUCAGCAUUUUUCUUGGAUUAGGAAAUGGAUCUUUGAGUUUUGUAUCAACAUAUAAAGUUGGUAGUUAUUCAACUGGUUUAGUCGUUAUUGACAUUAAUAACGACAAUUAUUCAGAUAUAGUUGUUCUCAAUUCUGGUAGUCAGGAUAUGAGUAUUUUACUGGGAUAUGGCAAUGGUUCUGUAGCAAAUCAGUUAUUGUACCAACCUCUUCCAGGUACGGAAGCAAUAGCAAUUGCUGACCUGAAUAAAGAUUCAAUAUUAGAUAUCGUAGUUUCAGUGAAUUACCAAAGUAUAAAAAUUCUUCUUGGACUUGGAAAUUGUUCAUUCUUAGAUAUAGCAACAUUUGAGGUUGGCGCUCGUCCAUUUUAUAUAAAAAUUGAUGAUUUAAAUAACGACACAAUAUUGGAUAUAAUAGUUAUUAACUUGGCUACUAAUGACAUGACAGUUUUACUAGGAAUUGGAAAUGUAUCCUUUGUAAAUCGAGCAACAUAUGCAUUCGGUUCUGUUCCAAGGCAACCAAUCAUUGCCGAUGUUAAUAAUGAUAAUAUAUUAGACAUCGUAGUUAUGAGUAGUAGUAGCUCUGACAUAAGCAUUCUUUUUGGAUAUGGUGAUGGCAGCUUCGCAGAUCAAUUUAUACAGAAUAUCAAUUCUCAUCCAAUUUAUAUAACUUUGAAUGAUUAUAAUAACGACUCAAAGCUGGAUUUAAUUGUUAUUGGAACGACUGUCAUAAACGGUCGUAUAGACGUAUUGCUUCAAUAUAAUCGAGGAUAUCUUUUCAAUAAAAUNCACUAUACCCUAACUUUCUUAAAGUCAAUAAUGCCUAAGUUCCUAUGGGGUCAAAUCCAAAAUCGGUUGACCCCCAUGUUUUCGCAAAAAAUUAUUGCUGUAUAUGAUGAUAGAACAGAUGUCGAUGUUAUUUAUUUGAAAGAGAGUAGGGAAUUUACCAAUCAAGGACACUAUAUAGUAAAUAAUCGAUCAUAUGGCAAUUUAUAUUUUUACGAUUUUAAUAAUGACAGUUAUCUCGAUUUAUUGGUUUCUCCUCAAGAUGACAGUUACUUCUAUGUAUUUCUUGGAGAAAAUAAUCACAGCUUCUCAAAUCCAGUCAAAUAUUUAUCUCAAUUCAUUGGACGAUAUAUUAUAAUUGCAGAUAUCAAUAAAGAUUUAAUAUUAGAUAUUAUUUCCACUAAUAGCGCUGGCAGAGAUAUUUCUGUACUUUUUGGCUUUGGGAAUGGUUCUUUUGCUGAUCCGAUACGAUCUCAAUCCGUCGACUAUAGGUCAGAUGAAGUGUAUAAUGAUGAUUUUAACAAUGAUACUGUAAUAGAUAUUCUUCUGCGUAAUUAUGAUAAAGAUUAUGUAACUAUUAUUUUUGGCAACAAAAAUGGUUCAUUUUCGAACGAAACAAACUAUAAUAUUGGUAGCCAAGCGCGUGAUGUUUUGAUUGGAGACAUUAAUGGUGAUUCUAUUCCAGAUAUUGUUACCACACAUAUUAGAAAUACAAGCAUAAAUAUCUUUCUCAGAUCUGAAAAUGGAUCGAUUAUCAACAAAUUCGAAUAUUCUGUCGACAAUGUUCCAUUUAGAGCACAAAUUAUUGACCUCGAUAACGAUCAUCGAUCGGAUCUCAUUUUUGUUUAUAAGAGCAUUAAAAUAGAUCUUUUCCUUCAAUUUGAAAACGACUCGUUUACCAAUCAAACUAUAUAUGCUGUUGGAUUAGUCAUAGCUUACAUAUUCCCUUUUGAUGUAAACAAUGAUACACGACUAGAUCUAAUUGGUAUCGAUCCGGAGACUAAUCAUAUAAUUGUAUUUCUUGCAACCAUCAACGGAUCUUUUAUUACUCGAUCAAAAUAUUCCGUUGGCUAUAAUCCAUUAUCGGUGAUAGCAAUUGAUAUAAAUAAUGACUUUGUAAUCGAUUUAGUAGUUAGUAACUGGGCUGGCAAUGAUGUAAGUGUUCUUUUUUUUUUUGGCAUUGGUGAUGGAUAUUUUGAAAAUGAAAGAAGAUAUUCAUUUGGUACUCGUCCAUGGAGUAUAACUGUUGUUGAUUUCAAUCACGAUUCUAAACUUGAUAUAGUUGUUACAGAAUCGGAGACUCCCUACAUUAGUGUUCUUUUUGGAAUUGAUAAAGACGUUUAUGUUAAACAAACAAUAUUUACAACAACCAAUGAUUCUCAUGUUCAAGCACUUAUUAUCAAUGAUUUUAAUAAUGAUACACAUCAAGAUAUUGCUCUAACAAAUUCUAACACGCAUACUGUGAGUAUCUUUCUUGGUUAUGGUAAUCUGUCUUUUGAUAAGGAAAUAAGUUAUUCCAUUGAAUCAUAUUCUUCUCACAAUUCUUUAACAAGUGCUGAUUUUAACAGUGAUAAUUACGUGGACAUCGUAAUAGCGAAUUAUGAUACAUCUACUAUAAGCAUCUUGUUAGGCAAUAAAAAUGGUUCGUUUUCCAAUCAAAGAGUUUAUUCGACAGGUUCCAAUUCGUUUCCAAGUUCAAUUGUUGUCAAUGAUUUUAAUAAUGAUACGAAAUUAGAUAUUGUAGUUAGUAAUUCUGGUAGUAACACUUUGGGCAUCUUUCUUGGAAGAAAUGAUGGAACAUUUGAAAAUAUGAUUAUUUUCCCAUUAGAAUAUGGAUCUCAACCAUUUUCAGUCAUCGUUGCUGGUUUUAAUGAUGAUCACAAAUUGGACUUUGCCGUUGGAAAUGCUGCUAGUGACAGUUCCGAUAUUCUUCUGCAAACUUGUUGA